AUGAACGAUGCAGAUGUGUCAAAGCAGAUCCAGCAAAUGGCCAGAUUCAUCCGUCAGGAGGCGGAGGAGAAGGCCAACGAGAUCUCUGUCUCCGCCGAGGAGGAAUUUAACAUUGAGAAAUUGCAAUUCCUAGAAGCCGAAAGGAAAAAAAUCAGACAAGAAUUCGAACGCAAGACUAAACAAAUGGAUAUCCGUAAGAAAAUCGAGUACUCCAUGCAGCUGAAUGCGUCACGGAUAAAAGUUCUUCAAGCACAAGAUGAUAUUGUGAAUUCCAUAAAAGAAUCAGCUAGUAAGCAACUUCUGCGUUUUUCGAACAACAAGAAGGAAUAUAGGAAGCUCCUCAAAAAUUUGAUUGUUCAGAGUUUAACACGACUGAAGGAGCCAGCAGUUUUGCUUCGAUGCCGAGAGGUUGAUCGUAAAAUUGUUGAGUCUGUUCUGGACGACGCAAGACGCGCAUACGCAGAGAAAGCCCAAGUACAUGCUCCCAAUAUAACCAUUGAUAAUGCUGUAUACCUUCCACCGCCUCUGAAAUCCUCAGACUCCCUUGAUCCUUACUGUUCCGGCGGGGUGGUAAUGGCAUCACAAGAUGGGAAGAUAGUUUGCGAGAACACUUUGGAUGCAAGAUUGGAUGUUGCUUUCAGAAAGAAACUGCCAGAGAUCCGAAACCAGCUUCUUGGAAAAGGCAAAGCUGGCCCUGAUCCUUGA